AUUACUUUUGUCACAGUCCAUACACAGAUCUAAACGCAGCGGUUUGGGUAAGUGAUUUUUUUAAUCACAGCGAACGUUCCGGUACUCAGACCACAGUUAACCAUAUCUUUCUCUUAUACCGGUGGAGAUGGACACGGAAGACGGCGCUGACAGCGGCUCUUCUUCGGGCGGGAACAUGACCACGGUAUCUCAGCAUACUUUCGGUGACAAAUUUGACAAACCGGCGUUCACCAUCUCAAUAAUCGAGAAUAUGAAAGAAGAAUAUGGCCUGUUUGUGUGGCCAUGUAGUGUUGUACUUGCUGAGUAUGUUUGGCAACAGAGAUUGCAGUUUUCUGGUGUUAGUGUUCUCGAGCUUGGUGCAGGGACUUGUUUGCCUGGAUUAGUGGCUGCUAAGUUGGGAUUAGAUGUUACUCUGACUGAUGAUUCUAAUAAAUUGGAGGUGUUGGACAACAUGAGAAGAGUGUGCGACUUGAAUCAACUUAAUUGUAAAGUGUUGGGACUGACAUGGGGAGUUUGGGAUGAGUCUAUAUUCACUUUGAAGCCAAAACUUAUUCUUGGGGCUGAUGUACUCUAUGAUGCAAGUGCUUUUGAUGACCUUUUUGCCACUGUGACAUUCCUGCUCCAAAACUCUCCGGGGUCUGUCUUUAUAACAACUUAUCAUAAUAGAAGUGGGCAUCAUCUUAUUGAAUUCCUGAUGCUCAAAUGGGGAUUAAAGUGCGUAAAGCUCAUUGAUGUUUUUUCUUUCAUGCCACCCAACAAGGCAUCCGGGCUAAGUGGCAAUAUUCAAUUGGCAGAGAUUGUAUUAAUCAGUGAAUAGACAUUACCCGAGUAAUUUCCUUUGAUCAGAGCAUCUGGAUAGCUAUCUGGUGAUGCGGCAUUUUGAUCACUUUCUACUCAUUGCUGCCACGGGAGGCUUCCCUUCCAUGAUGAGAUGACUUGUGGUAAAUUGAAGUUUUUGAUGCUGUGAAUCAGCGUAGUUAUAAUCUAUUCUGGUUUCUUCUAUGAAUACCAAGGAGAUCUAUUAUAUGUAGAUUACUGGAGGACAAAUAGAUAAUUGGAUUUCUAUUUUGUUAUUGUUUAGAGAUUGUUCUCGAGAGCUAGUUGCUUGGGCAUGGAAAAUACCUUUGGGCAUCCCAGCUCUGGAAGCUUUUCUUUAAACCAGCGUAAAUUUUCUUGGUAUUUGAUA